AUGGAACUAUCAACGGACUCAACUGGUGCUGAAGGAUUCUACCUUCCACAUCAUGCGGUCGUGAAAGAAUCAAGCAGCACUACAAAACUACGAAUCGUAUUUAGUGGAUCUGCCAAGUCAAGCUCUGGAAUAUCAUUAAAUGAUACGCUGCUAACAGGAGCCACACUACAAAAACCAAUAUUCAUUCACCUAAUUCGUUUUCGAUUACACCCAAUUAUUCUUAUAGGUGAUUUGGAAAAGAUGUUUCGUUAUGUCUGGGUAAGACCAGAAGACCAUACAUUUGGCACUACAUCAGCAACGUUCCUGGCAGUCAGAAGUCUUGUGCAAGUAGCCGAGGAUGAAAGAAGUAACUUUCCAGAAGCAGCAGACAUCAUCAAGGAGCAAUUCUACGUCGAUGACUUAAUCGCAGGUACUGAUACUGUUAAUAAAGCAAUAAAAAUUAGAAACGAUUUAACUGAACUACUUAAACGAGGUGGUUUUAAUAUACGACAAUGGGCUUCAAAUAAUUCAGAAGUCCUGAAAGGAAUUCCAGAAGAACACAUCAAUAAAAAACUACAAAUUGAAGUAGAUCCAAUGCUAAAAACUUUAGGUAUACAUUGGCAAACGCAAUCAGAUGAUUUAACUUAUACCUUUAACAAGUUACCAAUCAACAAUGCUGGCGUCAAGAAAUUACUUGGGACCAAGAACUUCCAACUUAUACAAAAUGCUUGGACGUCAUAUGCAUCUGAAUUCAAUAGCAUUAAUCAAGUUUUGUACAAUCGUCCACUGGUACUGCUAGACACCUGCGAUAUCCAAAUACAUGGGUUUGCAGAUGCCAGUGAAAAGGCCUAUGGUGCAUGUAUAUACCUAAGGCGGACGGCAUCAUCGGGUGACGUAAGAACGAAUCUAUUGUGUGCUAAAACCAAAGUUGCACCUCUACAAACUCAAACAUUAGCACGAUUAGAGCUUUGUGCAGCUCUCAUGUUAGCUAAUCUAUAUGAUACUAUAAAAGAACUUUUACCUACUCAAUUAUCCAGGGUUAUAUUCUGGUCAGACUCAACAAUAGCUCUUCAUUGGAUCAAGACACCUCCAUACCAGUUGAAAACAUUUGUAGCAAAUCGAGUAUCUCAGAUACAAGAAAAAACACCUAUUACUAGUUGGAGACACAUUAAGUCUAAAGAUAAUCCUGCAGACGCGUCUUCAAGAGGACUAACACCAAAGGAAUUCUAUCCAGAGAACGACUGGUUUAUAUCAAUAAUAUCUACUCCAAUCGAAGACAAUGAAAGGAAAAAACUCACUUGUCUUACAACUUGCGUAAAAACAAGUUCACUUGAUGAUUCAUUCAUCAAAUUCUUCAGUUCAGCAAGUAAUCUACAUCGAGCAAUUGCCCGCAUCUUGCGUUUGAGUAAAAACAAUAAGUAUACUGGUGAAUAUACCCUCGAGGAACUUCGUCAGUCUCAGGUAAAAAUUAUCAAGUUAAUACAAAAUAUACACUUUACGAAAGAUAUUCACAACUUGAAACAUAAAAAGGAAAUACACGAAAACAGUAAAUUAAAACAUCUUAGUCCAUUUUUUGAUGACUACGAUAUAAUUCGGGUUGGUGGAAGACUAAAUCAUGCAAACAUUUCAUACAAUCAAAAACAUCCGAUAAUUUUACCUCAAUCACAUCCAUAUACAACCUUGAUUAUCCAAGAAGCCCAUCAAAGGCACUUCCACGCCGGUCCUCAGACAACUUUGUAUGUUGUGAGGAGAAACUUCUGGCCGUUAAACGGUCGAAACGAAGUUAAGAGAGUAACAUAUCGUUGCGUAAGAUGCAGAAAAUCAAAUCCUCAAACAGCUAUUUACCCAAUGGGACAGCUGCCGAAAGAGCGUGUCACACAAACUCGUCCUUUCCAUCAUACUGGUGUAGAUUACUGCGGUCCAUUUUACAUCAAGGAGAAGAAACAUCGCAAUCGUGGCCGAGUCAAAGUGUAUGUAGCUGUUUUUGUCUGUCUAGCAGUCAAAGCUACACACUUUGAGGUGGUCAGUGAUCUGACCAGUGAGGGAUUUAUAGCAGCAUUGCGGAGAUUCAUAUCACGUCGAGACAAGUGUUACAGCAUUCAUUCAGAUAAUGGAACCAACUUCGUUGGUGCCAAUAAUCAACUAAAAGAGAUCUAUCAACAAAUUAAUUCAGAGGAACAUCAACAGAAAGUACAUAGAUAUCUUACAGAAGAAGGAAUCCAGUGGAAAUUUAUUCCUGCAAGAUCGCCCAAUUUCGGUGGCUUGUGGGAAGCUGCAGUUAAAUCAUUCAAAGGUCAUUUAAUGAGAAUUGUAGGCGAUACACUUCUCACAUUUGAAGAACUUAACACCUUUGUAAUCGAAAUUAAAGCAAUACUAAAUUCAAGACCUUUAACACCGAGUUCAUCAGAUCCAAACGAUCCCAUAGCCAUUACACCAGGUCAUUUUUUGAUUGGUGAUUCGAUAACGAGUUUGCCUGAUUGGGACUGGGCUGAUACAGCAUCCAAUAAAUUAUCCUCGUGGCAACUAAUCCAGAAGCUGAGACAAGCCUUCUGGAAGCGUUGGCAUAAAGAAUAUAUUAACGGCUUGAAUGUAAGACAGAAGUAG